UCCCUAAAUUCACAAUGGUUCAUAUCAAAUGAAAAAUGUGAUGUUGGCCACGAUUGGACACACCGACUGUGAUUGGCAAGUGAAGUAUCCACGUUGACCGGACAACGGGAUGUCAACAAUGAUUGGGAACCAAGUUCAGCCAACCUUAUAGCUGCCUUGCUACCUCUUCGACCCGCAAUCCUCUUCCUAUUUCACCCAACCAAAUCACAGAAUUGAAUAUUAUAUGUAUUCGGAACUGCACAUCUAGUACGUUUUACACAUAAUGCCAACACAACACUUCAAGGUCCCCAAAACAAAUCUAACAAACCAGUAAAAGCCCCAGUGGUUUCUUUUUGUUUUUGGUUUUAUUUCCUUAAGCGACCACAAACUUCAUUUGAUGACAAUUGGUUGGUUCGUCUAACAUUUUCCUUCCUUUCCUUUUCUAAUGCCUCGAAUUAAACUCGAUUACGAUUUCGAAAUUUACAUUGACCGUUCUUGUCUAAACACUCCAAUGGAUGAAAAGCUUACCGAACCACAGACACCAGACACAUCAUCAAACCCCAAGACCUCGACUUCCACAGAGGACAUUGAAUCAACUACCCCAGAUACCAAGGGAGGUGACGAAGGAAACAUGUCGCAACACAUGGAUCCAGAGUCGGAGGUGCGCCAGAGUGUAGAGAGCGACGUGGAGGAAAGCAAUGCCUCUGAUCAAGGUGAUGACCAUGGCGACGACAUUGAAGAUGACGGAGACGAGUCUGUAUAUAGUGAUCAAGAAGACGAACAUCCCGACUACUCCGACAACCACAUCCCCCACACAGAUGACGGUGGAGAUAGCAGCUCUCACCACGAAGCCACAGAUGAGGAUGUGUUCAGUGAUAAGAGCCCACGAAGCUCAAUGGGAUCAUAUGAUGGCAAUCCCGAGCCAAGCAAGAAGGCACACCGAGACUUGGACAACAUGAGCACUGCAACCCGCUCGCCUCGAGUCUCUGGCAUUUCUCAGUACGAGAAAGAUGACUUCAUUCCCACUACCAGGGAAACCCCGCGCCCACCUUUCCGAACCCCAUCAGACGUGCGCGCCAUGCAAAUGUCUUCACCGCCAGCGUCCGUGCUUGGCUCCCCCCGCUCAGCAAAGAGGCAAUUCCCCACCGUCUCUCGCCUCGGAACACCUAAUCCCACAACGCAGUACUCACCCAAGAGAAUGUCUACGCCUCAGCGUUUUAAGGGACGCAAGGAAGCACCUCUGGUGUUACUGCACGUCACUCUGCUGCCGCUGCGAUGGGUAUGGAGCGACCUCCUCAACACCGUGGACGCGAGUGAGAUGAGCGACCAAGCCAAGACGCUGCGGGAGUCGUGGAGGGUCUUACAAGAUCGUAUCGGCGACACCGUGAUCGAGCGAGGCAUAUUGCUAGGCCAUCCUCAGAAUGACUAUGAGGUUCUGGAGGAGCGCCUGCUGGAAGCCCUCGAGCUGCCCUUCCGUCGGCGGGCCCGCAUCCUCGAGUGUGGUCAUUACCUAGGUCCUUCCAAUGAGAUGGGCCAGGCCGAGGAAGAAGAGAGUGAAGAUGAGUGGAGUUCUGACAAGCCCCGAACCACCAAGAAACACCACUGGUGUGCUACGUGCAAGAACGAAAUCCGAUAUGACUCCCUGGGCCUGGGCAAGAUCUUCCGCGUGAAAGUCUACGCUAGCAACGGCCUGAUGCGAGCUGGCGCCUGGGCCGCAUGCUGGAAGGAGAUGGAGCGCGUGGACGUCGAGAUCGAGCCCCUAGUUGACCCCACGGUUCAGGAGGAGCUCGUGCGGCUUGCUGCCGCUCACCAGGAGGAAGUAAGCAUGGCCAAGGAAGCUGCUCAGAAGAUGGAGGAGGAACGUCUAAAGGUGGAAGAUGACCUGCAUUCUCGCGUCGAUGCUACCUCUCCCCGCCCAGGCCGCGAGUCCGUGAGGUCGCCUACUUCAGCCGAGGAACGGCGCUGGCGGGAUGAGGAGCGCAUGCGUGAGAUAUACGGGCACACACCGCCACCUUCAUCUCCACGGCCGCAUUCCCGGCACUCCCAAGCCGACGCAUACCGGCCCAACCCCUCCCCAAUCCCCCCCCAAUCACCUCGCAGCAGGCAGAACAACUACGGGCAAAAGGAACAACAACCACAACCAGCACCUUACCAGAACGCAUCACUAUCCGAGCUGAUGAAGCAAUCAAUCCGCGUGCUGAUGCAGGACCGGCGGAACGUGGUGAUCUUCACGCUGGGGAUGAUCGUGCUGCUGCUGGCGAUCCGCAACGCUCCGGCCUCUAACGAGAUGGUCUACGAGCCGGUGAUCCACCGCAUGCGGGACUCGCCCGUCCUCCGCCGCGCGCCCCAGCCCGUCGAGACGACGCCCAUCCAGCUGAACAACCUGCCCAUCGCCGACCCCUUCAAGACGGCGCCGAGUAGCUGCGACGGGCAGCUGCUGGAUGAGAAGACGGUUAGCGUGGAGGAGGCGAGGCACCGGGAGACGGUGGAUUUGGUGAACGAGUACACCGCCUAUGUGGUGGAGCCAAUUGAGGAUGGCGAGGCGGCGGCAAGUGAUGACGCGGCAAGCUCGUCUCUACCCGACGAGUCUGAAACGGAUUCCGCCACGGCCUCUCCCGAAACCGAGGCCGCCGCAAUCCCAGCAGAGAGCGAAGAGCAAGACCCCGAGUCCUCGACCCCCGCAGACGAGGCAUCCAAGCUCGACCUGCCCGCCAGCGAGGAGCCAGAAGCGCCUGUCGCGGAAGAGGCCGAACAGCCGGAAGCAAGCAACACCCUCGCGGGGUCGGAAACCGUGUCGACGGUGUACGAGCCGUGCCGGAUGCCGUACGACGAGACGGAGACGGAGUUCGUGACGGAGAAGAAGGUGGUGCGCGUCGUGCACACGGUGACGGAGACGGAGGUCGAGAUGGCGACGGAGACGGUCAAGCUCGCUGCGGCCACGAGCGCUGAGGAGCCGCCGUUUUUCACGUCGGUGGAUGCUGUUGAGGAGGAGAAGAACGAUGAUGAGCAGGAGAACAGGCACGAGGAGGAGGGAGAGGAGGAGGAGGAAGGGGACAGUGAGGGGCUUGAGGUCGAGGGGAGCCACUUAGCGCUAGAGAAGGAUUCCGCACCGGCCAUCCUCGCCUCCUUGGACCGAGAUACGCUAACGGAAAUGGGGUUGGAGCUGGAGACGGAAAUGGGAAUCGAAGACCUCCCUUCCGUCGACGCGGACGCCGAGAUCGCCGUCUAGUGCGAGUGUCGAGCCUCGCUUCCGCUGUCGUCGUCGAAGAAUGAUGUCUGAGAGAAAAAGUAACAAACAAACGAAAGAACGAAAGAAAGGAAAGUACAUAUGCCAAACAAACGGAACGGAGUCUGACGGUGUCAUGUUUUUAUGGUUUAUGUUUUAUGUUUUAUGCUUGUGUUUUUCGUGGUUUCGUUUUUCCCUCGUUUUUGAUGUUGAGCACUCGUUUCGUAAUGUGUUGCUGCGUUGCGUUAGCCAUUACCUACCUAUGUAGGCAGGCUUCUCUGCAUGGUGCGUGGCGGUGGGAGGUCAUCUGGCAUAAAGCUGAGUUGAGUUGAGAUUGUUGUGAUAGUUCCACGAUACCAAUAUAGCAAGCAAGCAAGCAAGCAGCUCUGAAUUGCGGAGGUGUACUAUGAUGGAAUGAGAGGGGGUUGGUGGAUGUUAAUGGAGAUAGAUGAAUGAACGUGGAAUGUGGUCGAGAUGAGAUGUGCUUGUACCUAGGCUUCGAGACUAUUUGCUGCUUGAUGUGUUGAUGUUGAUGUGAAGGGUUAAUACCUAGAGACGUAGAGACAUAAGAUGAUAUUUUAAGGGGCGUCGUCGUGACGGGUUGGUUAGACUGAUGAUGGGGUGUAGAAUACGUUAGGUCAAUCCCAUAAUAAUACAUCUAGCUGCUGCGGUAUAAGCUGAUAAUCAGAAUAAAUAUUCUCCUUUCACUAGUGACUGAGU